ACUUUAUAACAAUAACAGUAUUGCAAAGAGUGCUACAAUGAAUAUAACAGAAGUCUACAACAUAAUGGUUAACCCCUAUAAUCAAGGAAAUGUCUCUGGAAAUGGAAGUAUGGGUUUCCUGAGGAACUCCACUUUAAACAGAGCCAUCAACAUCUUCAGCAUCAUCAUCCUCUUUAUCGCCAUGAUAUCCCUCGGCUGUACGAUGGAGAUUUCCAGAAUUAAGGCUCACCUCUUCAAGCCAAAAGGAGUAUUCAUUGCAUUGCUGGCCCAGUUUGGUAUCAUGCCCCUGAGUUCUUUUUGUCUAGCCAAAAUGCUACAGUUGAGUCCUAUCAAGGCUUUGACUGUGCUUAUCUGUGGCUGCUGUCCCGGUGGAAGCUUGUCAAACAUUUUUUCCUUGGCUAUUAAGGGUGACAUGAACCUCAGCAUCACAAUGACCACUUGCUCCAGCAUCGCAGCCCUUGGUCUGAUGCCUCUGCUGCUCUUUCUCCUGUGUAAAGGCUUCCCCAGUGUGGCAAAUGCUGUACCAUACCCUGGCAUCCUCACUGGUCUAACAUUAACCCUGAUUCCUUGUACCAUUGGCAUUACUGUCAAUCACUACAAACCACACUACUCGCCAUUCAUCACAAAAGCUGGUCUCAUCAUUCUGAUCAUCUCUAGCAUUAUAGUUCUCAUCCUGUCUGGCAUUGCCAUCAAAGAUGAAAUAUGGAUGGUCUUCACAGCAGAUAUUGUGACCACGGCUGCACUGAUGCCACUGACUGGAUUUAUGAUGGGAUAUGCCAUGUCUAUCAUAUGCAGACUCAGUCCUCAAUGCUGCAGGACCAUCUCCAUGGAGACAGGGUGUCAAAAUGUGCAGCUAUGCAACACUGUCCUGAAAGUGGCCUUUCCCCCACAGGUCAUUGGGCCCAUGUUUGUCUUCCCUUUCAUAUACAUGAUAAUGCAGUGUGCUGAGGCUCUUCUCCUGAUCCUCUGCUUCAGAUGUUACCAAAAAUUCAAGGCACAAGAUAAGGCUGCGCUGGACUCUGAAUCCAACCUCACCAUUUCACUGCGUUCUGACUUUGCAUCUACAACAGAGAAGAUGACCAGUUUUUAGAUAUAUUCAAUCAUUAACUCAUAAGGCCACAUAAAUAUAUCAAUGCUUAAGCUACUUUGAAAUUGUAUCGCACACUACACUGGCUGCUGGUCACUCACAGUGGUCUCCACAGAGGCCCCUGAGUCACUACUUUCCUCAUCACCAUCGUACACACCAGCUGUUUAUAGCAGUGGUGUAACAUAACUAUAAUGGGCCCUGGUGCAAAUUAUUUUUCUGUGCUCUACCCUAUCCCAUAUACACAUGCAUGCUCCUGCACACAUGCACACACACAACCACUCCAGACAAUUGCAUGGAGAGGCUUACCCUGCAAGUUCCAUCCUGAAAACCAGCCUUUGAUCAGCAUCACAGACCGUGGAUAAUCAUCAACCUGGACUCUAACCACCACAGCAUAAUUUCUCCAACUCUCAAACAUCCAUAAUAUUCAGCCAGUCUAACUACACUAACAAAUAAGCACAAAGGUAGCUUACACUGAAUGUUGAUAGACACAAAUGAGUGUUAUACACAUGAUCAGAAGGUGGUGUGUAUAUAUAGCUGUCACAUUAACUGUUGCAAUUUAGCAUUUGACUGUCAAUGAAGGGUCAGCCUGAAAACUGCACAGUAUAAUUUAUAGCCAUGGAGGGGCUCCUGCAAUAGGCAACACUAAUGCAUUUAUUCAGUGAGUGAUUUAACCUAACACAGUCUUUUCCUUAGACUGAACCACAUAGCUUUAGUGACUAAACUAACCAUGCAUGUAAUUUUUGUGCUUAAAACUAAUGAUGAUUUUUUUUAAGUGCCAAAUAAGGAGUAAAGGAUUAAAUAAGGAACAGAGGCAAAGUUUGUCAUGUUUGGCUCGUGACCUCCUGUUAGAGACUCUUAUUGUGAAAGGAAGUUCUGGGUUUUCACCAUCUCAUUUUCUUUGAGCGUGACUUCUGCCAAUCAGUGACUGAUUCAGAUCACCUGGCUAAUUCUUCUUACCUGUUGCUCAUUGUCUCUGCCCUACAUCUACUGCUUUGUUUCUUCACUUCAACUGCUAGAUAGUCAUCAGCACCAUGCUAUGUGCUCCAGCUGUCAUCUCUCUCUGGACCUGGACCUGGACCUGGACCUGCAUUCUGUCUGCUUGAUUGAUUGACUCUUCAGUGUCAGUGACAGCACACAGUUCUUUCCAGCCUUCACCAGCUGCUCUGUAUUGCUGUCUGGUUGCCCCUGGUUACCUAUUAUCUGCCCUGUACCCUGUCUCUGCCAGCCUAGAACUUGCCAUCCUGCGGUUCAGACAACCCUUUUCCUAAGCCUGUUCUCUGAAUCUUGCCCAGCCUGGUUUUGGGAUCUCUGUCCACCCAGUCCUGUCUGUACUGUAUGUGGGGUUUUUUUUGUUUGUUUUUUAAGCCUGUCUUCUGACCUAUGGAUUUUUCUUGGUGUUUUUUUUUUUGGCCCUGAAAACAUAUUGUUAGCCAGCUAAGGAGGACUAUUUUUGUUGAUACUUUUUUGGAUAUAUAUAUAAACUGACUUUCUAUAUUUCCGGCUGCCAUGAUUGUGCUGUUCUUUUUGUGUUGUUCCCCACCACCUGAGAUGUUUUUUUUUUGUACUUGGCCUGUACAUUUCUAUUUUGUGGAACUUACCUGUAUGCCCCUCCCUAGUCCCUGGAAUAGUCCAGUCUGCCUUUUCUCUGUGACAUCAUCUAGCUCACCUGUGGAUGAGGCCACUUACUGUCACAUAUGUGUGUUAGCCCAGUCUUGUUUCAUCUUAAAAGCUAAGUAUGGCUGGGCCUGGUAAACACCUGGGUGGGAGACUGCAUCAAAACACCAGUAACACAAACAAGACCAGUGUCUGUCUGACCCAGGUGAUCCAGAGGCAGUACCUAAACAGCAAGGCCACCUUCACCACUCCCAGCCCCCGGAGCAGCUCUGCCUCAAACCCCCCAAUAAAGCUCUUAAACAUCAGUCAGACUUUGUCCUGUAUUUGGGUC